CUUCGGAUUAGUGUUGAUAAACUCUGGCAUGGACAAAAGAAACAAUGCGAAUUCGUAAACAAAACAUAUUUUUAUGCUUGGAUUAUUUUAGUAAAGAACUUUGCCGAAACCAAAACACAAGGACAAUAUGCGUAAAACAUGGGUGAAACGGGAGAACAUAUAUUUCAAGCCCUUCUACAAGCAGAAAUCGAAGAUGUUCCUGCUCCUCAUAUUCCUGGUGGGGAUUUCCUUCAUAGCGUAUCAGGCUUUCUCGCUGAACCAGCUACCCGGAGUUCCCGCUCCGUGGAAUCUGCAGCAGAUCAAGCAGAAGCACCAGCAAAUGAUGCAGUCUUUGGGCAGCAAGCAGCGCGACGUGGAUGACUUUGAUGGCGGAGGAGCAGAUGCAGUUGCUCCUGCUGGAGGAGCCACCUCAUCGAUUGCUGGACACGAAGAUCCCAUCAAGAUUGUCAGGGGCACCCGGCUCUUUGACUACGAUGCAUACAAACCAAACUUCGAGGGUAAGUUCAGGUGUCUAGAUGGUUCCAAGGAGAUCGCCUUCGAGCAUCUUAAUGACAACUACUGCGACUGCGAGGACGAUGGUAGUGACGAGCCCAGCACGAAUGCCUGUGCCAAGGGGCGAUUCUACUGCCGCUACCAAAAGCGACACAUCACAGGCCGGGGUCUGGAUGUCUACGUGGCCAGCAGUCGGAUCAAUGAUCACGUAUGCGACUGCUGUGACGGUAGUGAUGAGUGGACAACUGCGGCCAAGUGCCCUAACGACUGUGCGUAGUUGCUAGCUGCAAUUUCCCCAUUCCCGCCAGUCGAACCCUCUUCCUUCCACCUCCCACACCUGUGCACCCAGGACACCAAUCUCAAGGAUGAAGCUGUCUGGCGCAUCACAAGCGAUAUUUUUUGUACGAGUACAAUAGAAUUGUAAUUUAUUUUAAAAUAAGUAGAUUGAAUAAAAGAAAAGAAUUCCAA